AUGGACAACGACCCGACGCUGUCAGGGUUCUGGAGCCUGGCGGCGCUCUUCAGCCCGCUGGACACGUCCUUCAUCGCGCUGCUGAACCAGGAAAAGGUGGCGACGCCGCCGUCGAACGCGGCGCUGACGUACAUUGAGACGGCGGUCAACUCGGCGCUGCGGUCGACCUCGGACCUCAAGGACACGCAAAAGGCGAACCUGCGCGUGACGCAGCUGUGGCUGCGCAUCAUCCUGUGGCAGCUCCGGCUGCGAUUCGGGUACCUGGCGGAGGAAUCCGUCCACGCGAGCAUGACAUACCACUACCCGCUCGAGGUCGCCAAGGACCUCGUGCUGUCGACGCGGGACCUGCCCGUCGACAGCAUCAAGGUGCACGGCGUCGGGCUCACGGAGAAGCUCUUUGACAUUGCGUCGGCCGCCGUGGACGUCCUCGCGCGCGUGCCCAUCACGCCGUCGAGCCCGCACAGCGUGGGCUCCGGGCCGGAGGAGGACUUGAACUACAUGCGGCGCCUCAUCACGCGGCUGCCGGGCGGGAACUCCAUCUACGACGACCUGUUGGACAAGCACAUACAGCAAGCCGUCCCGAGCAUGGCCGUCACCUACGUGGCGUCACGUCAUCCAACCUGA